AGAGAGAGAGUGAUUAGCAAAGAUCACCGGCACAGAGGAUGCCUUGCCUGAACCUGUCCACUAACGUGAGCCUGGAGGGUAUCGACACCUCCUCCAUCCUCAAGGAGGCCACCUCCAUCGUCUCCAAGCUCAUCGGCAAACCUGAAGCCUAUGUGAUGAUUGGGUUGAAGGAUUCAGUACCCAUUGCUUUCGGUGGGACUGAGGAACCUGCAGCCUAUGGAGAAUUGGUGUCCAUUGGUGGCCUUACGCCAGAUGUGAACAAGAAUCUUAGUGCUGAGAUUUCCACGAUACUUGAAACCAAGUUGUCUGUUCCCAAGUCACGAUUCUUCCUGAAAUUCUACGACACCAAGGCAAGCUAUAUAAACCUCCUAAGUUAUCUUUGGAAAAUGAGUCAUUGCCAUGCACUCGUGGCACCAACUUCGGAUGGAAUGGAUCCACCUUGUAAAUUCUAUGCUACUUCUGGUGUGUUAUCUAGACUCUGUCAUGAACUGGAUGCUAUGUAUUGUAGCAAGUCUAUAUUUCUCCUGUAA